AUGCGACGAUCAACAGUACCCGAACCUCGUGCGCCGUUAAAUCAGCAGCAGAUCAGCGACAAGUCAGCCGAGACUCGACAGGAUCCACCUUUGUCCGAAGACGAGGAUGAUCAAGACACAUUUCCGGAGAAUAGCAGACAAGCAUGGACAUGCCUCUUGGGCUCGUUUUUGAUGAUGUUUCCGUCAUUUGGCUUCCAGACCGCGAUUGGAUCUGUUCAAGACUACAUCAAUACACAUCAACUUUCCGAAUAUAGCGUCAGCGAUGUCGGCUGGAUAACUGCAGUACUUGUUUUCCUGACACUUUUCCUUGGGGUUCAAGUCGGCCCUUUGUUUGACCGGUAUGGGCCAACGUUUUUGAUCGUCGGUGGAAGUCUAGCGAACUUUCUCUGCUAUAUUUUGUUAGCAGAGUGCACUGAGUACUGGCACUUUAUGUUAUGCCUCGGGGUCCUCGGCGGUAUCUCAUCCGCUAUCAUCACGACAAUCUCCAUCGCGGUACUCAGUCACUGGUUUUAUCGACGCCGCGGUCUGGCAUCUGGCAUCUGCAUGGCAGGAUCAUCAACCGGCGGAGCUCUUAUACCUUUGAUGCUCCGUUUCCUACUUCAGCAGUACGGCUGGCUAUGGUCAAUUCGAAUUAUGGCCUUUAUAGCUCUAGGGUGUUAUAUGAUCGGCGUAUUUCUUGUUAAGGAGCGUCUCCCAACCAAAAGCACGACAAAAUCAACGAUUGAUUUGAAAGCGUUUGUAUCACUUCGUUUAUGCUUUCUCGCAGUUGCCGUUUUCUCCUUCGAAUUCAUUAUAUUUGGCUGCGCUGCAUUGCUACCAACAUACGUUCGCUAUGCGGGCAUGUCAGAGGAUGCGCAAUUCUAUUCAUUGACUCUCUUAAAUGGCAUGAGUCUUUUCGGAAGGGUUAUCCCGGGCUUUGCCGCCGAUCAGCUCGGAAGAUUUAACACCCUUAUAUCGAUGGUAUGUGCUACCUUGAUUGUAAUGGCGGCAGUAUGGCUCCCAUUUGGCUCGCAAAACGAAGCUACGCUAUAUGCCGUCGUAGCUAUAUUUGGGUUCGGUUCUGGCGGAUGGCUAUCUUUGGCCCCUGUCUGUGCAGGGCAGCUUUGUCGAACCGAAGACUACGGUCGGUUUUAUGGCACAAUCUAUAGUGUCGCAUCGUUUGGAGUUUUGUUAACGGUCCCCGUCGGCGGAAAAUUGCUUCAAUCGACCACUCCUCAAGUUUUGAUUGGGUUUUAUUCCGCAGUAUUGCUUGUUGGAAUGAUAAGCAUAACGCUGUCGCGAUGGGCGUUGUUGGAUUGGAAAUGGAAGUGGUGUGUUAAAAUUUGA